GAAUGUGAAUGUAUAUAAAGUCGCUCUUGAUCUUCUUUUUGACGUUUUCUGCUCUCUACUUCCUUCUGUCAUCACUUAUUGAUUGCCGUUUCCAUAUCGUUUUUCUCGUCUAGAUACUAGUUAGCUCCUUUACCGUUAAAACUGCAUUUAUUCCCGAGAGAGGUCAAUUGAUCAGCUGAUAUACACCAUCGCAAUUUAUCGUUGGGCAAAUAAGAAUCAGACCAUUUUAGAAGGAGCCAUCUAGCUACUGAUAUAUCAGCCCAUCUCUUUCUUCCAAUUAAACCACAACAAUUCAUUUCUACAUCUAUCUUUACCUAUUGGAACUCUUCGGUUUUGUCAGCACAAUAUUGAUACCACUACCUUAGACGCCUUGGCAGCGCGUCACGAGCUCACCAGUGAUUGAAAGUUCACUAUCAGCGCAUUUGGCAAUCUUGGAGAACUUUUAGGAGUUCCAGAAGCACUAAAUAACCCCGCACUCAAGUUGAACAAUCUUCUCCCUUCUCAAAAAGUCUAUAAAGUCUAUCGAUAUCCCCCCAUCAAAAGGACUCAAUUGUACAAAAAAACGACACACAUCCAUUAUCAUGUAUCAAAUUGCUUCCCCCAAUGAGUACCUCGCUAUCACUGGCGCCAAGAUAGCGACUGUCAAAAUAUGCAAGAGUGCUUUUGUCUGGCCCUUUCAAAAGGUCCGAAGAUUUAACAUUCAACCUCGCGACUAUGAGUUGUCACUUCAAGCUAUGACAAAGGAGAAACUUCAGUUGGCAAUUCCUGUAGUAUUCACCAUCGGUCCAGAUGUUAACCGCAGAGGCGAUAAUGCCCGUACCGCCAGCUCUAACCAUGAGAGUGCUGCAGAGGAUGGCGACGAUGCCUUGUUGAAAUUUGCAAUGCUACUGGCUGAAGGCGAAAACAAUGACGGUGAUGCUGGCGCACAUCUCAGAAAGAUUGUUGUCGGUAUCAUCGAAGGUGAAACCCGUGUCCUUGUUAGCUCCAUGUCUAUGGAGAAGAUUUUCACAGAGAGAGAAGCAUUUAAGAAGGACAUCUUCAAGAAUAUUCAAUCUGAGUUGGGACAGUUUGGGCUUAGAAUCUACAACGCCAACGUGAAAGAACUCAAAGACGCUCCAGGUUCCAACUACUUUGCCUCUCUCAGCAAGAAAGCCCACGAGGGUGCAAUUAAUCAAGCCCGUAUCGAUGUAGCAGAAGCUCAACGAUUGGGUACUGUCGGAGAAGCUCAGCGUCGGGCAGAGCAAGAUCGAGAACUCGCCAAGGUUCAAGCCGAGACCGCAGUUCAAAAAACGGAACGUGAUAGUGAAAAGGCUCGAGCUGAAGCUACACUUGCAACCCGCAAAACUGUUUACAGCCGCGAUGUUAACGUUGCUCAAAUCGAGGCCACACGUGCUACCGAAGUCCGCGACGAAGAACUCCGCAAAGACGUCGAAGUCAAGCGUGCUUUUACAGAGCUAGAACGUCUUCGUGCCAGUGAUGUUGUCAAGGCUACGAUUGCCCGCGAAGCUAAGCAACAAGCUGCUGAUGCUAAAAACUACGAAGAGCAGGCCCGCUCAAAUGCCGAAUUCUAUAGUCAGCAAAAGAUAGCAGAAGCAAAGGCAAACUCUGAACAAAAGGCUGCUGAUGCUAAGAUGUAUAGUGAGAAACAGGCAGCGCUUGCAAAAGCCAAUACUGAGCAGAAGAGUGCCGACGCGAAAGUCUACAGUGAACAGAAAGCAGCUGAUGCCAAGGCAUAUAGAGAGAAGGCCCGAGCAGAGUUUGAGUUUUACAGCGAGCAGAAAGCUGCUGAAGCUAAAGCUUACAGAAUAAAAUUAGAAGCCGAGGCUAAUUUUAUCGCCGAGUCCAAAGCAGCCGAAGCAGCCCUCUUGAGAAAGCAAAAAGAGGCAGCUGGUAUGAGUGCCAUGGCCGCCGCAUAUGGAGAUAUGAGCAAGGCUAUGGGUGGUCCACAAGGACUCAUGCAAUACCUCAUGAUCGAACGUGGUACUUACCAAGACCUUGCCAAAGCCAAUGCCGAGGCUGUUCGUGGUUUGAACCCCAAGAUGACGAUCUGGAAUACUGGGGCACAGGCCGGUGGCAAUGGUGAAGGCAACUCUGCUGAAGGCCAGGGAGCCGGUAUGGGUGGUAUGGAUAGUAUUCGUAACAUGUAUCAAAUGCUUCCACCACUCAUGUCCACCAUUCAUGAGCAGACAGGCAUGACUUUGCCAGAAUGGCAAUAUGGGCGCUUGGGACCAGUACCUGGAGAGACUCGGGAGGUUACGAAGGUCAAUGGUAAGACCAAUGGCACUAAUGGACAUAGAUAAGCGGUUCAUCAGGAAUUCGAUGCCAGUUGUAAGUUUCAAAGCGACUCAGAUCAUAAUGUGUUGAAGUUAUUGGACGUGUUGGAUUAUCCCGGGCGCUCGGAAGCAUAAUGAGUCUCUUUCUUUUUUACAACAUUGACCGACAAGUCUCUUAGAGAUAAGUUCAGUGUUUCGGCGUUUCAUUAUUCCAAGGUUUCGAUCUCCGCGGGUGUGCUUUUUUAUUUAUGCAUUAGGUUGGGUUAUCACAUAGAGUUGAUCAAGUAGUAUUUCGGGGGGUGGGGGUUCUCUGACACUUGUGGAAUCAGGGCGUUUGGAGGGUAUUGAUGUUUCUUAUUCUUCAAUAGCUUGUUUUUUUAUCUUAGUCUUUCCUUUCUCUAUUAAUGUCAAUCCGUCAUAAUUGAAUUCUCAACAUGGGUUUUACUCUCGGGUGGGGGUUUCUCAUGCUUUUUGGACAAAUUUGAGAUAAGGGAGCACGGGAGGACAGAAUGAUUACAUCAAGGAAGGAGGCGGGCUACUGUAAAUUAUCUCAUGGAUGUUAAAUGUCAAGUAACUUUUAUCAUCUUCCUAUUUACCAUUGUGUUUGACUGCCUGUGAAUAUUCUACUUUGCUA